AUGCCUACCCCACGAAAAAAACCAAAACCACUUUCUGGAAUCCCUUUAACAGAAAGGCUUUCAAAAGAUUUCCUAAUAGCCGGUUCAUCAUCAGCUUUAAUAAUGGUAACUGUAGCUCCGAUAGCCAGAGUGAAGCUCCUCCUACAACUCCAAGCCACUCACACGCAUAUACCCAAAGAGAGGUUAUACAAAGGCAUCAUUGACGCGUGUUUACGUAUUCCCAAAGAAGACGGCGUGCUAGGUUUCUGGAGAGGGAAUACGGCCAAUACUAUCAGAUCCUUUUUUAACGCAGCGUUCAAUUUUACUUUUAAAAACGUUUACCACGAUAUGUUUGUGACAGGUGUCGAUAAAAACAGUAGCUUUUUUCGAUAUUUCGUAGCCAAUUUAGCUGCCGGUGGUGCAGCUGGAGCUACAGCUACCUGCCUAUUAUACCCGCUCGAUUAUCUCGCUACUAGAAUGGCGUCAGAUAUUACUGAAGGUAGACAAUAUCAUGGACUUGCAGAUUGUUUCCUUAAAACUCUACAUUCCGAUGGUCCUCAAGGUCUUUACAGGGGAUUUUUUACAUCCAUUAAUGGUAUUAUCAUCUACAGAUCUGUGUACUUCGGUUUGUAUGAUACAGCGAAGGAGAAGAUACCUCAAAACUCGUUUUGGGCUGCUUUUUUCACAGCUCAAAUUGCUACAUCUGCAGCUGCUAUGCUGGCUUAUCCUUUUGAUACAGUGAGACGUAGGAUGAUGAUGCAAUCAUGUCGGUUAGAGAGUAAUAUUAUGUAUUUUAGUAGCAUGCACUGCUGGAUUAAAAUAGCCAGAACUGAAGGGCCUAUGGCUUUUUAUAAAGGAGCCUUCUGUAACACUCUACUUAGCACUGGUGCUGCUCUAUUACUUGUAGUUUACGACAGAGUCAGAGUUUUGUUGUAA